CGAAUGGCGUCAGUGACGUGUCGACUUGAGCAGUGUAAACAGUGUGGAAAUAAGUUGUUUACGAUUUUAUAAACAGUUUUAAGUAUGAAAGAGUUCAAAUACGACGUUAAAACACUAAUUCAAGGCGUGAGGGACCGUCCGUGCCUUUGGAAUAAGAGCUUGGAAGUGUACAAAGACCGUUUGGAAAGGCGCAAUGCGUGGGAAGAAAUAUUCAGCUUGAUGGACGAGAGUUACGAGCUGCUGCCACCGGAGGAAAAACGGCUGACAGGCGAGCACAUCGUCAACAAAUGGACGAACAUUCGCGACACGUUCGUGAAAAGCCUCCGAGCGAAGAUGGGCAAGUCGAAGCGACGGUACAUUUACUACGACCUCCUCAAAUUCCUUAUCAGUGAGAUCCGAGGAGAGGACCAUGAGGAAGAAUUCGUUGAGGAAGUCAACGUGCCUUAUAUGAAAGAAGAAAACCCGAGUGAGGGAGAAAUUGAACCCCGAAAAAGGUCGAAAAGACUGGAAAAAAGCGACGACUCGUGUACCCCAGUACAAGAGACUAGCUUUAAAGAGAGUCACAGUACGAGAAAGAGAUCUAAAAAGAAGGAGACGGCAGAACAGACGAAGGUUUACGAAUCUAGUAACGACAUAGAUUUCGUAGAGGUUGAGGAUAGUGACCCCCGGUUGAUGAAUGAGGAUGAGGCGUUCUUCGCGUCUUUAUUGCCUACUGUAGUGAAGUACAAUGAGGAUGAGCGGCUGGAGUUUAGGAUAGAGGUUCUGAACGUCAUGAAGAAACUGAAGGAGAAUAGAAGAUGGAGUAAUGGUGACCCAUAGACAAUUUUAAGGACUAUUUUUAAAGACAAGGAAUAAAAUUUUUACUAUGUGAUUGACAAAAGACUAUAGAGCUGGCUGAAAGGAGCAAUAAAUCCAAAACAAUGUGAUUGUUUA